CGAGUUCACAAAUUCUUCUUUUUUUGGUACAGCUGGCUUCUUGGCAUAUUUACAGCAUUGAAUCUCUCCCAUUCUCCUAUAUGUCUCUUGAUGCCAGACUGUACUAUUCAUGCUACCUUCUUGUUUAAUUUAUCAGCACAUUCUUCUGCCCUCCUUACUCAGUUCUCUUGUGAUUGAGCCUUGUUGAGGUAUCUACCAAAACAACCAGAAAAUCAUGUAAUCUAUACUUUGUUUCUUUGUGAUUAGCAGUAUUAGCCCCAAUGGCUGCCAAGUAACUUUCUGAGGAAAGUCUAGAAGGUCUACACAGGCUGGUAAUCUGAUAUUGAUUCCCUUGAAACUUUUUUCGUGGGCAAAAGAUAUGGAAGAAACAUUUGUACCCUUUGAAGGAAUCAAGAAUGAUCUGAGAGGAAGGUUAAUGUGCUACAAGCAAGAUUGGACUGGUGGAAUCAAAGCAGGCUUAAGGAUUUUGGCCCCCACCACAUAUAUAUUUUUUGCUUCAGCAAUACCUGUCAUUUCAUUUGGUGAACAGCUAGAGAGAAAUACAGAUGGUGUUCUAACAGCUGUUCAAACCUUGGUAUCCACUUCUAUAUGUGGUAUUAUACACUCAAUCAUUGGUGGUCAACCUUUGCUGAUUUUAGGAGUGGCAGAGCCUACCGUGAUCAUGUACACAUUUAUGUUCAAUUUUGCAAAAGAGAGACCAGAGUUGGGCCCGAAUCUGUUUCUGGCAUGGACUGGAUGGGUAUGUGUCUGGACUGCACUGUUGCUAUUCUUACUGGCCAUCUUAGGGGCUUGCUCCAUAAUCAACAGGUUUACCCGAAUUGCUGGAGAGUUGUUUGGCCUCCUUAUUGCAAUGCUCUUCAUGCAGCAAGCUAUCAAAGGACUCGUGGAUGAAUUUAGCAUACCAGAAAGAGAAAAUCCAAAAUCAACUGAGUUUAUACCUUCAUGGAGGUUUGCUAAUGGGAUGUUUGCUUUAGUCCUCUCGUUUGGCCUUCUCCUCACUGCAUUGAAAAGCAGAAAGGCAAGGUCAUGGCGUUAUGGUUGUGGUUGGCUUCGCAGCCUAAUAGCAGACUAUGGUGUGCCUCUUAUGGUCCUAGUUUGGACAGGUGUGUCCUACAUACCUUCUGGAAGUGUUCCACAUGGUAUCCCAAGGCGCCUCUUCAGCCCAAAUCCAUGGUCACCGGGUGCAUACGAGAAUUGGACUGUUAUCAAGGACAUGAUCCAUGUUCCUGUUGCCUACAUAAUCGGAGCAUUUAUCCCAGCAACCAUGAUUGCAGUGCUUUAUUACUUUGACCAUAGUGUGGCAUCCCAGCUUUCCCAGCAGAAAGAGUUCAAUUUGAGAAAGCCAUCUUCUUACCAUUAUGACUUGCUCCUUUUGGGGUUUUUGACCUUAAUGUGUGGCCUUAUUGGAGUUCCUCCAGCAAAUGGAGUCAUACCGCAGUCUCCAAUGCACACAAAGAGUCUGGCAACUCUUAAACAUCAGUUGCUUCGUAACAGACUGGUGGUAACCGCACGAAAAAGUAUUGGAAAGAAUGCUAGUUUAGGACAGUUAUAUGGCAACAUGCAAGAAGCCUACCAUCAAAUGCAGACGCCUCUUAUUUACCAGGAUCCCUCUGCUCGAGCACAGGGACUAAAAGAAUUAAAAGAAUCAACCAUUCAAGCCGCUACGAGUAUGGGAAACAUGGACGCCCCAGUAGAUGAGACUAUAUUUGAUGUUGAGAAAGAAAUAGACGACCUGCUACCUGUUGAGGUAAAGGAACAGCGUGUCAGUAACUUGCUUCAAGCAGUAAUGGUAGGAGGAUGUGUUGCAGCCAUGCCUUUACUCAAGAAGAUCCCAACCUCAGUCCUUUGGGGCUACUUUGCCUUCAUGGCCAUUGAAAGUUUGCCUGGAAACCAGUUUUGGGAAAGGAUCCUAUUACUCUUCACUGCACCAAGCAGAAGAUACAAGGUGCUAGAGGAUUACCAUGCUACUUUUGUGGAAACAGUCCCUUUCAAGACAAUAGCAACAUUCACCAUUUUCCAAACCCUUUAUCUUCUUACAUGUUUUGGACUAACUUGGGUUCCUAUUGCCGGGCUCAUGUUUCCUUUGUUGAUCAUGCUCUUAGUUCCAGUAAGACAGUACUUUCUCCCCAAAUUUUUCAAAGGGGCACACCUUCAAGACUUGGAUGCAGCAGAGUAUGAAGAGCAAACGGCUUUACCAUUCAACAUUGCAACACAAUCAGAGUUUGGAGCUGGUGCUUCUUAUGUUGGAGAAGGUGAGAUCCUAGAUGAAGUUAUAACAAGAAGCCGUGGAGAGUUUAGGCACACAAGUAGUCCAAAGAUCACAAGCUCCACUCCAACACCAAAAAAUGAUCCUAAAAGCCAUCAGAGUCCACGUCUUUCGUUUAGUUCUCGCGUGGGUGAGCUCACCACUGAGCAAAGUCCUCGGUCUGGUGCAAGAGGUCCCCACAGUCCAAAGGCAAGAGUAGUGAGAUUACCAAGUCUGGGAAGAAGUCCUCUUAACCCAGAUUCAAUACAGCACGAGAACAAAUAAUUAAACGUAAAAGAAUUGCUGUCAUAUUAUGCCUUAGAGAAGGGUUUAGGAGGCUUACUGAUUGCUUCAUUUCCAUUUUAGUUUGCUCUUUAUUUUUGCUUGGCAAUAUGGUUAUUGUAACUUGUAAAGGCUUUUUCCUUAUCCCAUAUACAACAGAUAU